AUGAUUAAUAAUUUAUAAUUAUUAUUUAUUCACACAGAAGACCCUAAUGAAUAACAAAUGAAAUAAUCAACAGCAUUUAUAGAUCCGAUUAUUUUUGAUUUACUUUAAAGUGACAUAGAUUUUAAUAACGAAAAUCAUAAGAGAGUUCAAACAUUGAAAUAGAAUGAAUAAUAUUCAAUAAAAAAAGACUAAAACUUUCUUCAAUUCACUUAAAUAUAAUAAUCAUAAAGUAAAAUAUUAAUAACUUUCAAAUAUUUUAGAAGAAAAUUCAAUAAGAGAGAAAUUUGGAUUUUUCACAAAAUUGUCAAUAAAUAAUAAUAAUCAACUAAUCAUUACAUAAAAUAAUAUAUGAAUGAAGGCUAUUUGAUAUUUGUAGUUUAAGUUUUUCUAGAUAAGCAUUGCUAAAUUUUAUGUCUUAAAGACUUUAUUAAAUUAUAGAAAGAGAAAAUAAAUAAUUUGAUAUUAAAUUUUGAAAAUCUUAUUUCUUUUCAUUUAAAAAAAGUCAUUUUUACAAAUUUAGAUACACUUGUAAGAAAAAUUAAAAAUUUUGAACAAUAAUCCGAUAUAUACAUAAAUAAUAACUUAUAAUUAAAUAAAGUAAAGGUAAAACUUUUAUAAUUAAUAUCUGUCUUAGAUCAAAAAGAAAAUACAAAAACUAUUCUUAUGUAAAUUUAUGGUGAAAACAAUCUUUUAGAAGUGAAAUAUAAAAGUUCUUUUAAAUUAAAUAAUUAAUAAUUAUCUUUAAUUAAUAAUGGAAUCGUAAAUAAUUUAGAAUAAAAGGUAAAUGCUUAGCUUAAUUCAUUUAAUAGCAAAAUUCAAGAUAUAUUUUUUAAUUUAUUUUUAUAACAAUAUUAUGAUAGUAAAAACUAAAGAAGUUUUAUAUUUUAAGAGUAUUAAAGCCUUUCAGAUUAUUUUAGUGGAUUUAAACAUUAAUUAGAUACAUUUGAAAUUAGAAUACACAUUCUUAUAUAAAUAUUCUGUGUAUAUUUAUUAAAAAUUUAAUUGAAUUUUGAUUAAAGUUUUCCAUAAAAUGAUGUUAUUCUCAUUAAUUCUAAUAAAUAGAUCAAACUUGAUAUGUUUUAGUUUUAAACUAAUAUAUAAUGCAAAAAUAAUUAGAGUAAUUAAUCAAUUAAUGAAGAAUAACACAGUUUGUUAAAAUAUUUUGAAUUAUUAAUACCAAAAAAAGUAAAUAAAUAUAUUAAAUUUUAAAGGAAAAAUAAAUAUUGAUAGGUGAUUUCAAUCUUACUAAAGAAUUGGAAAUGA